AUGAACCAUUUGUCACCGCCGCCAUCGCCGCACUCGCAGCCAAGUCCAGCGGGCUACGCGGGUCCAUCGCUGGACAAGCAAUGGAUGCAGCGGGCCUCGGCCUUCAACACCGUGAUAGCAUCGGCAGCAGCCCACAAAUUGAACAACAGAGAACUGCCCUUCCUCUACAAUCCGCUGCUCUACUCCAGUGCUCUGCUCUGGCCACAGUUUCUGCUCUCUUCGGCCUCGGCGAUGGGCACACCCCUAACACCCAUGACGCCCAAAUCGCCCGCCUCCAUUGUGCUGAGCCAGCGCGAUCGCGACUUUGCGCUAACGCCCGAAAAGGAGCAGGAGCUGCAGCACAACAGCAGCGGCAGCAGCAAGCACGUGCUGCUGCAGCAGGACGAGGAUAUGCCGCUGAAUCUGAGCACCAAACAGCGUGCCAGAUCCCACUCGGAUCAGGAUCACGAUCACAACAGCAGCAGCAGCAGCAACAGUGGCAGCCUGAGCGGCGGCAGCCUCAGCGAUGAGCCCGAGCAGCCGCUGCAUCUGAACACGCUCACCAAUGCCACGCCCCCGCCUUUGAGGGCUGUCAACCUGAAGACGGCAAACAGCGGCACGCCACAGCAGCGCCGCUCGCAGGGCAACAUCAUUUGGUCGCCAGCCUCCAUGUGCGAGCGCUCCACGAGGCAUGAGGCUGUGGCAGCAGCAGCAGCGGCAGUGGCAGCAUCAGCGGAAGAAUACGAGGAGCAGCAAGUGGAUCCCAUAGUGCGCAAGUUCAAGUACGAACGCCGCUCGGCUGCCUCCAUAUCCUCGCAGCAGUCGCCGCUGUCCUCGCUGGUGCCGCAGACCAAUGUUGCGCAGGAUCUGGACUUUGAGACCGCGCAGCAGCAGCUGUACGCGCAUCGCAGCGCAUUCAUGGCCGGCCUAACUGGCAACAAUCUGGAGCUGCUGACGCAGCACCUGAAGACGCAGCAGCAACAACAACAGCAGCAUCAACAACAACAACAACAACAGCAGCAGCAUCAGGUUAAGGCCGAAACCGAGGCCGAGCAGGACAACAACCGUUCGGCAGCCGCACUCAUGGGUCUUGUGGCAGUCGCUGAAUUAGGCUACAUGCGUAAUCAACACCAGCAACACACGACCCAGCAGCAGCAGCAGCAGCAACAGUUGCAUCUACAGCAGCAGCAGCAGCAGCAACAUCCUGAUUCAACGGCCACAGAUGUUGCGCGUCGUUCGUCCUCCUCAUCAUCGUAUCAUGGCGAGUGCGAGGAGAAGCGCAGCGGCAGAAAUUUUCAGUGUAAACAGUGCGGCAAGUCGUUCAAGCGCUCCUCAACACUGUCCACACAUCUGCUAAUACACAGCGAUACCCGGCCGUAUCCCUGCCAGUAUUGCGGCAAGCGAUUCCAUCAGAAGUCCGACAUGAAGAAGCACACCUACAUACAUACGGGUGAGAAGCCGCACAAAUGCACCGUCUGCUUGAAAGCCUUCAGCCAAAGCUCGAACCUGAUCACGCACAUGCGCAAGCACACGGGCUACAAGCCCUUCGGAUGCGGACUCUGUGAUCAGUCCUUCCAGCGCAAGGUGGACCUGCGCCGUCAUCGGGAGAGUCGCCACGAGGAGGCAGCUGGCGCCCUGACGCCGCCGAUCAAAAUGGAGGUCAGCAGCAGCAGUUGCUAGAAGCGAGAGAGCGAGCGAUCGAUUGGAUCGCCACAUCUGUAGAUAUAUAUAGAACAUGUCUGAGACACAAACCAGACCCAGUGGGGAUUACCCGAAACCAGUAACAACCAUCAAGUUGGCCCGCCUGCAAAUGCAAAGUCGUCUAAGUCGUCGCUAUGAAGCCAAAGUUUGUUUUGUUUGGGCAUCCGAAUACAUUGUUAUGGGAACCGAAAGAACAUUUCUCCCAUUUAUUUUGCUCAAUCCUAGACCUAAGC